AUGGGUGUGGAGGACGCCUUCCUCCACCAGCAGCACAAGCUCUGCGGUUUUCUCCGCGUCGUCGUCUCCGUGAGAUCGGCCGACCUGCGGGGGCAUCCUGGGGCGGUGCCGCUCGGGCUCCCGUCGCCGGGGGCGUCGUGUGCUCUCUCCGGCGGCGGCGCCGAAGUCGUCUUGCUUUCCGAGGACGGAUUCGUGCUCUCCCCCUUGCUCUCCGGUGACGUAGAGAAUCAAGGGUCCCUGCCGCCGCCACAACCCCAGCAGGACGAUGCAGGAGCCUCGACCCGCCGUAAGCAGAGGGGGAGGAGCCUCGUUGCUCGCAGUGGCCUCCCUCCAUCCUCGAGGAAGAGGCGCCGGAAAGGAGCCGGUUCGCCGGCGACGACGCCUUCCUCCUCGCGACGGAAGAGGGGGUUCGGAUCUGCGAAUGGGAGCGUGAGCGUGCUCCACCAGUUGCACGCCUUGACGGCGCACAAGUGUAUAGCUAUUGAAUGCAGGGUGAUAGGAGCUGCCGUUCGGGGCGAGGAUUGCGCCAGGGCGGUGGUGCUGGUGGACGUCUACCUGCCGAUUGUGGUAUGGUCGGGUUGGCAAUUCCCCCGGUCGAGCGCCAUGGCAGCUUCCCUUUUCAGGCACCUGAGGUACGAACACAGUCUCGCAUGAAUUUUCUUCUACUCGCUUGUCUCUGAACUCUACGAUUUAUCGAUUAUGAAAAAUCAUGUGCGCUCGCUUUUACUCUCUUUAAUAUCGCAGAACCUUGCCCUCUUCUACUGCAAGUGCACUCCACCCACCUGGUGGCGUGUUUUAUAUUAGAAGGAAGCUUGGUGUCACUUUGAACAAAGCCUAGAUCUAGUUUUACGGUAAUCGAGUUAGAAAAUAGAACUCCAUUUUCUGUUAGUUAACGAGAAUUGGAAAGUCAUACCAUGGACUCUAGAUCCCAUCACUAUUUUUGGAACUAGUCAUAGGUACAUUACAGUAAAGUUCACUGGCAUAUGCACCAUGUCGGCAGUAUUUUUUUUUUUCCAACAUCUUUUUAUUUCAUGAAAACAAGAUGUUGCUGUCUUUUUCAGUAGUCCAACCUUUUCCAGUAGCUGUAAAGGUCUACAGCAUAAACUUUGAUCUAGGAAUGGAAAUAAAUAAGCUUUUCUAUUCCUUGCUCUGUGAAUUUUCUUCAGGACGUUCUUUGUCUGCAGCUAGAUGAGACACUUUGCUGCAGGUGAACUCCUCUGGCCUGAAAUUUUAAUCCUUUAAUGUCGGCAGUAAAUUUGUUUCAAUGGGCUGAAAUCCUUUUUCUGUGAAGUUAGGAUCUUACUUACUGUCUGAUCUCUAGUCCCUCGGGACCUAAUGUUCCUAAAUCACUACUGUUGACCGUCUUGCAUCAUCUGUGAAGAUGUACGUGAUCUGUCAUGCCCAACUGAGGUGCAUGUUAUCCUUGUGAAUGCUUACCUUGACAUGCUAAUUUUUCUUUGGAGCUCUGGGUGGUGCAACUAGCUCAGUCCAGGGCGAUGCCGCCACUUUCAAAAAAGAAAAAGUUGAAUAAACAAAUGCCCUUUUAAGAAUCAAGUAUCAAAGGCAUUGGUGAGAGCUUGAGGGGACUUGUGCACUUUGACAGCAUCCAUGAAAAUCAACGUCUGCUGAGAGCAUUGGUGAUUACAAUCUACUGAUCGCAGAUGCACUGUUGUGCACGUUGCUGCACAAAUGCCUUCUGUGCACACAGAGGCCAUAGGAAGCUGCCAUAUCUCACUCAGCUGUCGCUGUACACACCACUCUCAGCUGAUGGGUGAGUUCUUAACUGAUGCAUGAAUUAGAGUUCCUCUGACUCGUCGUCUUGUCCCUUUUCCAAAGGAAAUACUGUGUUGAGCUGGUAUCACCUGUGAUAACUGGGAGCUUCCGUCUAUCCCACUCCUACUUCAUUUGACUCGCUUCAUCUCACCCAGUUGAGGGUGGGAUCGUAGAGAUGUUGACCCAGGAGUCCUCACCUAUGAUCCUGACACUGCCAAAUGCCUGUGGAAUACAGUUUGUCCUCAAUCCAUCAUGAUAAUAGGCUUCAUUGGCGUUGUUAAAAGUGGUUGAGCAAUCAUGAUACUCAGACAGCUUAUUGGGAGUUUGAACCUCAUUUUAUGGAAACACAAAUUUAGUUGGAUUGUCCAGUUUAGGGGGGGGGGGAGAAUUGGCCUGGAAUGAGGCGAUUGGCUUGGAUUGGCUGAUUCCAGGCUAAGACAAGAUCGUAAGAAAUCAAGAAGGCUCUCAGUUCAGUAGAACCAGCUGAUUUGAUAAAUCUGAUUUAGGCCACCAUGCUUACCAUUGGCCAAUUGCAACUGAGAAACUUCUCAUCUGGGCCAGAGCAAUUAGAAGAAAGUAAGAAGUCUCUCAUUUCAGUGUAAUAGGCUGAUUCUGGCAAUCUUGGAGGCCUGAUCUGUUCCAAACCAGCAUGCUAAACAUUUUAGGAUUUCAGUCGAAGGAUGUUCAAUUCCAAUGGUUUGGAAGUAAAAAGAACCCAUUUGCUGAUAGAUAAGUUUCUUCCUGUUAACUAGUUCUCUGCUCAUCUAGUUUAACCGCAUUUUUUUCUUAUCAGGUUAUCCGACAUUGAUGUACUUUAACAUAAUUCAUUCAAUUUUAAUUUCUACAAUCUCCGAUUACAGAUGAUGUAUUGUUUUGCCUUAUAGUCAAGUUCCUGUAGCAUUAAGGUUGAGGUAACUGUCUUUGUGCUAAUACAUUGAACCAAAGAAUUAGCUCAGGGAUUCCAUUUACCUUAUUGAGAUCUAUCAUUUGUUCUAAUAUAAGGCAGGUUGAUGGUUGGAAACCUCCUGUUUGCUGUGCAGCUUCAUGAAAUAAUUCAUAAAUAUCCCUUUUUUCUGGCACAUUUUGGUUGGCGUGGCUCAACCAAGUUUUGUUCCAUACGACAGAUGGAAUGGCGCGAUUUGGCUGGGCAACAAGGGGCUUGGUGUAUGGACACAGACAUUGCAACGUAACAAGGAGGGAGUGCCACAAUGGCAAGCAGGGAAGAACCAAGGGAAUUAAAUGACUAUGCACUGUAGCGUAAAAAUGGCAUGGGCAGAGGAGUCGGUAAUGGCUGCAUAAUGCUUGGUGCAUAUCAUAGAAGACAAACAUAUGUGAUGUAGUGCAUAGACCUCACCACGCAUGAUUUGAUGUAGAACUGUAGCGUAAAAAUGGCAUGGGCAGAGGAGUCGGUAGUAUGGCUGCAUAAUGCUUGGUGCAUAUCAUAGAAGACAAACAUAUGUGACUAAGUAGUGCAUAGACCUCACCACGCAUGAUUUGAUGUAGAACCUUGGUAAGUUACGUGUGUAGUGCACUUGAUUUGCACAUGGGAUAGAUAACCAGCCAUUGCACUUGAAAACCCUGAUACAUGUGGUAGUACCAUUGCAACGGAUAUUUGUGCUCGUUUAAGCAAUCAGCUAGUGGACAUCUACAUUGAAGGAUUGUCAAGCAAUAUUGAAGGAUUAAUGCUAACUGAGAUUGCAAUAUAUGUGCCCAACAUGAAGAAGGUAUCGACUUAGCUUGGUAUCACCAGAUCUGGGCUAUGGGGUUUCCUGAUGCAAUAACACGAACCGAAAAGUUAUUCGUUCGAGGCAAACUAUUCAUGAAUGCGCCACUAUGUUUGCUUAUUAGUCACUCAUACUCCGAUUAUGUUAAUGGCGAGGGUAUUUUGAUUUGUUCCUAGUUGUACUCUGUGUACUUAGAUCUUGCGAGCAGUGUUACUCUAAUGGGGCCACGAAUCUUAACCUGUUGCAAACUCUAGAAAGAGAGUUUUUGCUGUCCAUGAACGGUUCCCUGUUUGAAGGAUUGUACUUCGCAAAGGCUUCUCGAUUUCACAUUUCUGCGAUCUGCUAGGUUCUUCUGACACCUUACUGAUUUUCUGGGGUUGCAAGGUUGUGGCUUCUUUCUAGGUUCUUGAUGGAGCCUUUCCUGCCACUCUAGCAAGCGUAUGUGUAGAUGGUCUACGUAUGUGCAUGGCUUGUAUACAAGUUUACAAAUUAAGGUCAUUACUCUGAGGAUGUGGCUUGAAUCUUUAGGUGUCAGAAGACAUAAUUCAUCAAUUCAAAAUAUUUAAUUGCGCUGAAGCUGCCUCUUUCUAUUUGUAUCAAUGAUGGACCCGCACAAAUUCUCAUUCUCAUGUGAAAAAUUUACAGCUCUCAGGUUGUGUCUUUCGUACAAGUUACUUUAUUUACUUCGACUCACAAUUGACGUGUUACUGUGACUGCCAUACAGCAAUUGGUUGGAGCGUUGACCUUUUUUAAAUACUUUAUUUCAUUGCACUCGUUUGACAUUAGUUAGAGCCGCUAGACAUUCAAAGAUGAUAAUUUGAUAACUGGGUUAUCACAAUUUUAUGUAGAAUGUUAUUGAUAUGUAGAAUGUGGAUUUGAUUUUUCUAUUUCUCAGAAUUUGGUAUGAGUGAUACUUGGAUUUAUGUUAGAUUUAGGAGCUCUUUUCUUUUCAUGAAUAACAUAAAUGCUUAAUUUGUUCCUGAUCCCAGUUUCUCUAAAUUGUUGAACUGUUUGAGUAUCCAUCUGACGUAGCUCUGGAAUCUCUUCUGCAGUUGUAACUGGGAAAUGAGGAAUUCAAUGCUAGCUUUUGGAACUGCUGAGAAUCCUAUCCUCAAAGAUCCUGAAUCUGCAUGGGAUGAUUCUGAAUGCAGUGUUCUUGGAUGCAAUCUUCAUCACAGAAGCCUUAAUGAUUGUGGUAGACAAAAGUUAUUUGAUCUGCAUGAAAUAUUUAAGACCCUGCCUAGUGUUGUGAAGGAGGAGAACUUAUAUCCUACAAAAAUAAAGCCAGAGAAUGCUUCUAUUGGUACUGGGAUUUGGGAUCUUGCUGAUGAUGUUUUGGGUAAUGUUCUAUGUUCCCUAGCUCCAAGAGACCUUAUCAGCGUUGCAUCCACUUGUUGCCAUCUAAGGUCAUUGGCUGUAUCAAUUAUGCCAUGCAUGAAGCUUAAACUUUUUCCCCACCAAAAAGCAGCAAUUCAGUGGAUGUUAGAACGUGAGCAUAACUCUGUGGUUCUGCCACACCCUCUCUAUAUGGAUUUCUCAACCGAGGAUGGGUUUCAUCUGUACAUAAAUACUUUUUCUGGGGAAAUAGUGACUGGUAGGAUUCCCACCGUUAAGGACUUUAAUGGGGGGAUGUUUUGUGAUGAACCAGGAUUGGGAAAGACAAUCACUACACUUUCUCUUAUUCUGAAAACACAGGGGACUUUGUCUGAACCACCUCAUGGAGUUGAUGUUGUAUGGUGUAUGCAUGAUCCUGUUAAAAGAUGUGGUUAUUACGAAGUCAGUUCCGACCAUUUCAACGGUGGCAGUUUUACAGUAUGGAAAAGAUUUACUACCAAUGCAAGAAGGAGGCAAAUUCAUGGUGAUAAGUCCGUAAAAGAAGUGCCUGAUAGUUCAUAUUCCUCACUGAAACAUGCAAGAUCGGAAAGUUCAAAUUUUUUUAUGAAAUGUACAAGAUCAGAGUGGUCUGGCCGAAUUCCUGUGUCUGAAAGACCUCCUACGACUACGUUAGAAAGUUCCUCUUGUACGAGUCCAAAACCAUUGGAAAAAUUAAAUGUUUUUCGAUGUACAAGGAACUUUAAUCGUGUGAGAAGGAAUCUUUUUGAUACAUAUGGAAGAAAUCGAGAUUUUGCUACUGAUGAGAAAGUUGAGGAUGAUAGGAUAGCGUAUGACUCAAUUAUCCCCAAAAUCAAUUCUGAUAUAAAGCAUGUCAAUUUUCUUAUCUGUAAUAAGAAGCCCAGGAAAUGUAAUGUAGCGUCUAUUGAUUCAAAUGAGACCUGGGUUCAGUGUGAUGCUUGCAGAAAAUGGAGAAAAUUACCAGGGACAAGCAUACCUGACGCUACAGCUGCUUGGUUCUGUAGUAUGAACAGCAACCCCCUAUUCAAGUCUUGCGCGGUUCCAGAGGAGUCUUGGGAUCAUACAGAGGCAAUAACGUACUUGCCAGGAUUUUACAUCAAAGGUACUUCUGAGGGGAAGGAACAAAAUAUAUCAUUUUUCACGAGCGUCCUAAAGGAACAUUGCACAUUGAUCCAUUCUGAAACAAGAAAGGCUUUAGACUGGUUAGCUAGUCUAUCUCAAAGCAAACGUCUGGAGAUGGAAACAAGUGGUUUAACACGUCCAGUAUUAGAUACACAUUCACGCAGAGAUGCAGAUGAAUACCAUAAAAUCUUUCAAGCGUUUGGUCUUGUGAGAAAGAUCGAAAGAGGUACAACUAGGUGGUAUUACCCAAAGAAACUUGAGAAUUUAGCAUUUGAUGGAAAGGCUCUUCGAAUCGCUCUCACUAAGCCCAUGGACUUAUUCAGAUUUUACUUGUCGAGAGCAACCCUUAUCAUUGUGCCGGCAAAUUUAGUUGAACAUUGGAAAACCCAAGUUCAAAGGCAUGUCAGACCAGGGCAACUGCGCAUUUAUGUGUGGACUGAUCACAAGAAGCCCUGUGCCCACACUCUUGCGUGGGACUAUGAUAUUGUCAUAACAACAUUUAGCCGGUUAAGUGUAGAAUGGGGGGCAUGGCGGAGAAGUGUAUUGAUGCAAGUUCAUUGGCUUAGAGUGAUUUUAGAUGAAGGCCAUACACUUGGUUCAAGUCUCAGUUUAACAAACAAGUUGCAAAUGGCUAUCUCAAUGACAGCAUCAUAUCGGUGGAUAUUAACUGGGACACCAACUCCAAAUACUCCCAACAGUCAAGUGGCACAUCUUCAACCAAUGCUGAAAUUUCUGCAUGAGGAGGCAUAUGGACAGAACCAAGAAUCAUGGGACACUGGGAUCCUUAAACCAUUUGAGGCAGAGAUGGAGGAUGGAAGGUCUCGUCUACUACAACUGCUGCAGAGGAUCAUGAUUAGUGCGAGAAAAACAGAUCUGAAAAUUAUUCCGCCCUGCAUUAAGAAGGCAACUUUUCUAGAUUUCACCAAGGAGCAUGGUAGGAGUUACAAUGAACUAGUAGCCACUGUUCGGCGCAAUAUUUUGUUGGCUGAUUGGAAUGAUCCCUCUCAUGUUGAAUCUCUUCUUAACCCAAAGCAAUGGAAAUUUCGAAGCAACACAAUCAGGAAUGUUAGGCUUUCAUGCUGUGUAUCUGGCCAUAUCAAGGUAACUGAUGCUGGGGAGGAUAUACAAGAAACAAUGGAUGUACUAGUGCAAAAGGGCCUGGAUCCUCUUUCUGAAGAGUACGGGUUCAUUAAAACUGUCCUAUUGAAUGGUGGUAAUUGUUUAAGGUAGGCUAUUUCUCAUACAUAGAUAUUCCAGUUAUCAGAGCUCAUCAGUAACCAUUCUGAUCCAACUCUUGUAGGUGUGGAGACUGGUGCCGUUUACCUAUUAUUACACCGUGUAGGCAUAUUUUAUGCCUUGAUUGUGUUGCUCUGAACAGCGAAAAAUGUACCUUUCCUGGAUGUGGGAAUCCCUAUGAGAUGCAAUGUCCUGAGUUAUUAGCUCGUCCUGAAAAUCCUAACCCAAAAUGGCCAGUCCCCAAGGAUCUCAUAGAGUUGCAACCUUCUUAUAAACAGGUCUGUGCUUUCAGUUAAAUAUUUCUCAUCUCUUUUGUGACCUGUUGUUAUUUGAUACUAUGCGGGUUCUUAUGCAGGAUAACUGGGAUCCUGACUGGCAUGCAACGUCAAGCAGUAAAGUUGCUCACCUCGUGGAAAGAUUGAAGGAAUUGAGAGAAGCCAAUAGGAAACUUGGUUACCUCAGUGACGAGGAAGGCAAUUGUGAGGAGUCACUAUGCCAUAGAAAGAAAAAUAAUACGACCCUAGCACAGCCAGGCCCUGUCAGUAGUAAGCUUGGUCGUGAAUCCAAUAGCAGGAGGCCUGAGAAAGUGAUUAUAUUUUCGCAGUUUCUUGAGCACAUACAUGUCAUCGAACAGCAGGUAAAGUAUUGCGACAAAGCUAUUUUUAAUUUUGAAAAAUAAGGUCUGACACAUGGAGGAUAAUUUUAAUUAAUAUUUUUCAGUUAACUUUAGCUGGGAUCAGAUUUGCUGGAAUGUACAGCCCAAUGCAUUCAUGUAACAAGGUAACUUCCACUUUAUUGAAUCAGCUAAUAUUUCUUCUGCGUUCUUGUUAAUACUUUUCUUUUCUGCAGAUGAAAUCUUUGACAAUUUUUCAAAAUGAUCCAAAUUGCACGGCUCUACUAAUGGAUGGGAGUGCUGCGUUAGGUCUCGAUUUGAGCUUUGUUACACAUGUUUUUCUGAUGGAACCAAUCUGGGACAGGAGGUAAUUUAUAUUAAUUCAUGGAGUGCAUUUAUCGUGCUUUGCAGUAGCAGCAGCUAAGCAACUAAGUUAUACCUUGCUUUAAGGUGGUCCCUGAUUACCCUAGAGAAUUUCAGAAAGUGUGAGAACAGUUUCUAACUUAGAGAUUGUUUCUUUGAUUCUGGAUCCGUAUUCUGGAGUAUUGCAUAGAGUACAAUCUUGUGGGUCUUUUGCAGUUUCCUUUAAUGUGUAUAAGAAUAAUCGAUAACUUGAGAAAAGCGAAAAAAGUCGUCAUUUGUACAAAUUAAAAUGGGGUAGAAUAAAAAAAAAUCACGAUAGGGGUGAAUUGAGAGUGACUUCUAAUGGGUGUAGACCAUAGCAGUGGGGAAUUUCAGAGCAAAUAAGAGAAGGAAGUGAAGACUGGGAGAAAAAGGAAGAGAGGGUUUAUUUUGUAAGUUAACGAUGCCAAAUUUUAUUCGUGAUAAAAGAUUUGGAGUGCAGUAUUGGUAUGCUAUGCUGAUAAAAUGACUGGUCUAAAAAGAACAUGGUACAGGAAGAUCAGUGGUGCUAUGGUUAGAAUACCGUUGAGGACAAUCUCUUGCCACAGUAGUGCUCGAUGAAAAGGAAGACAAUAUUUUCGGUCUACUGUUUUGAAUCAUACUUUCUCCAUUCAGUGGCAAUGGUUUAAAUUCAUUUAGGGAAACAGUACCCAAAGGUAAAAAAAAGAUUAUCUUAGAACCUAGAACGUGGAAAUUAUCAACCAUUUUGGUUAAAUGGACUUUAUGACAUUAAGAUGGGAAAAAUUACAAAAAAAGAUACUAAUGUGUAUUCAGGAUUGCUGGGCUGAUCCUUUCAGUUCACGGUUCUUGAUGUUGUGUUCUGCACGAUAGUCUUGGUCAUUUAUGCAGCUGUUGUACCAUUCCAGCUCCAUUGGUUUUUCUAUGAUUUAAAGUAUAGUUAUGGGAGUAUAUCCGUUUUUUCCAUGCAUUAUCUGCCUGAUUAUUUGAAUGUAUUUUUAUUUAUUUUUUUGGUAGCAUGGAAGAACAAGUGAUUAGUCGUGCUCAUCGCAUGGGUGCUGUUCGUCCUAUUCAUGUUGAGACUUUGGCUAUGCGUGGGACAAUUGAAGAACAAAUGAUGGAUUUCUUACAGGUUAUGGCAACUUUCUUUCAGAUGCUUCUUAGUCCGCUUAGUUUUUAUGUUUAAGUCAAACUUGGAUGUUCAUAAAACAGUGCGAGCUUGAUUGAUAUGUGCCCUCUUCAACUCCCUCCCUCCCCAGCAUUCAUGCAUUUUGUGUUUCUAUAAGUGAAAACCAAGGCAGGUUGUAGAGAACAAAAAGCACUGUCGCACACUCUAUGAUGACUUUCACUUCCUUUGAUCCGUCUCUAUUGCGUUUGUUAUUGUCAGACAAUAAUAACUUUGACAAUUUAACACAAAUGUAUACUUUCAAGAGGUAUGAGUUUGAAGGCUUUGAAUCAUGUUUUCAAGGAAAAAUAAAACAUCCGUCAAUCAGAGCCUCAAUAAUCAAGGUUUAUAUGUAUCUAUCCGCGCAAAGAAUGCCACAGUUUGAUGCACAUGCCGUAGUGGAACUGGUAUCUGCAGAUUAUGGUCGCUGCCUGUCCCAACUGCUUACUGAACCACUUAAUGCUCCCUUCGCUCGGUGUAAAAACGUUCGGAAGGCAUUAGGAGAAGGGAGAUGGGAUUGGAAGUUUAUUCUCAUUGAAACUUUUAUUUGCACUCUCUUCUUGUCGACCUGUAUUUAGAAAUGCACUGAUUUUUCUUCUUUACCUCUUUUAUUGAAUUUUCUUAUUGUAUGGCUGUGACUUGUGUUGUUAAGUAUGCAUCAGUUGCAAAUUGGACCCUACUCUCAUGAUAAGAUCUGGCCAUGCUGUUUUUGAAAUGGUUGAUCCCCGUCUGGACAAUAGCUUGCGAAGUUCAAAACUUUGAACCAAUUCGUUGUUAGUACAAAGCUUGAGAAAGUCAGCAUGAAGUCAAAACACCCUUGUUUGUAAUGGUUCUCGCAAGUUUUCAGUUGCUGGUUUGGGGUUCUCUAUGAAUUUAUGGCAUGCAACGACUAUCUUUUUUGUAAAUUUCUUAUAGAACUGAUUGAAAGUCUUUUCCAGAAUGCUGAUGGAUGGAGGAAUGUUCUGAAUCAAGAUAUUAUUGUUUAUGAGGAGACAAGGGCGCACCGUUCACUGCAUGAUUUUGCUGGAAGCAAUUACCUUGCUCAUCUUACAUCUGUGAAGACUAGUAUAAAUGACUGA